AUGGCGACGCAUCAAAACACCUUCAGCGUCAUCUCGAAUGGCGCUCCAGGCGGUGCUCCGAGUAGGCCGCCCAUGACGUCGAAGCAGGCCCAGAAGCUCUACAAACAAGCGAACAAGGUUCCUCGACGAUCGAAAGCCGAGCAACGAAAGUGGGAGAAGGAGAGGCAAGAGGAGAUCAAGAAAGAGCUGGAGCGGGAACGCGCUGCUGUCAAGGCAAAACAGGCACGAGAUCGAAAGAAGGCAAAGGAAGAGGAGGCCCGCGAGAACCGACGACGACAAGGACAACCCCUAGUUGAUUGUCGUCCCAGUCAAGAUACUAUCGCAAGAUUCGUACGUGGGAAUGGGACGAGCAGAAAGAGGGACUCGUCGGGUGAGCCGAUCCCCGAAACCGAGAAACCCAACGUCGCCACGGCGACCAAGUUGGCAGAUCAUGCUCCCACCAGCAGCCAGUCGAUACGCUCGCCCCGAAGUGCGGCUUCUCAGGAGCGCCGGGUAUCUAUGCCGCCGCCACCUCGUCCCUCUCAAAAGUUCAAAUCAAACCCUUCUGCGCCCACGACGUCUCAGUUCAAGACCCCGCCAGUGUUGAGGCCAAAUUUCGUACAAGCACCACGGCCGCCUCCUGUGUUUAAAGCGCCGGUAAUUAAAUCGGCUCAGGCUGAUUCUACUCAUCCCACACCUGUGGAGAAUCCACCGAAACCACCUGCAAAGUCAAGAACGAAACGAUUCAUGAUGCCCAAAGGACUCUUGCCAGGCCAGCAGCCCACACAUCUUAAGCCCGUUAAGCAAGAGAAAAAAGACUCGGUCAAGCAAGAAAAUGUUUUUCUGGAAGCUGUCAAGAAGAAGGCAGACACGGCUCAACUAGGAGACCAGAAGCCUCUCGGGCCACGGGCGCCAGCACCCAAGUCCACAGAGGGCAAGAAAAGCGAGGGAAAGCCCUUGAAACCGCCAAUUCCAGCCGAAGCAACCCCUGUUGAGACUUCAAACUCUGGGAUUAAACGAGUUGCAGAGAGGCAGAUGGAGCAGAGAUGCAAUGAGCAGGAGCCAGUUCAGCCUGGCCUGGUUAAGCAGGUGCCGGUUGAGCGAAGGCAAGCAGUUGAGCCAUCAAAGAUGCCUCCGCCCCCAAUACCCCCGCCGCAACGAUCUACUUGUAUGAUGCCGCCGCCGAAUAUGCCCCCUCCUCCAAUUCCUCGAUCGCGAAUGACUCCCCCGAAAGUGCGCUCUUCGCAGGCGCCAUCACCGCAGGAGUUGUCGCCUCAGAGGCCGCCGCCGAGCACCCAGGCCAUUAUCCAGGACUGCUUCGACGACUUCUUUCCGACAGCUUCGCAGUUGGCCCUAGAACUCGAGGAUGAUGAGCCUGAUGAGAAUUCACAGGCCUUCGCCCAAUCUUCCCUCAAGGAAUACGAGUCUCCUCGGUUUACUAGCUUGGAAAAUAGCCUACCAGAGCGAACGCAAUGGCGUGUUCCGACCCGGCCGGUGAUCAGCGAUAUGGCAUCACAUCAGGCCAAGAAACCUCGUACUGAGGGUGGCGUCGAGUCCCACAAAAGCUCAAGAAACUCUAGACCAACUGCAAAGCCGUCCAGCGCUCGCUUCACCAGCGUGCACCACACGCCACAGGCAGAACUGCCUACCACCGCCAAAUUUGAGACACCUGAUCCCAAGCAACGAGGGAAUCAACGCUAUACAGAGAAACCAAACAGGGGCUUGCCGGGUCGAGCAACUUUCGCGCGCCCGGCCCCUACGAAACCUACACCUUUUAGAGAAUACGGCCAGACGACAACAAAACCCACCAGAAACGACCACCUGCACAGGACACCGAUAACGCCCAAACCCAGGGGCAUUCUACAGGAAAUCAGUCACAACCGCAUUCCUCAGCCGAAGCCUCCGGCCGCCGCGAAACCCAUGUUUGACGACUUUUUUCCCCUGAUUUGUACUCAGGACUUGAUGAUGUCGUCGCAGGAAGUGUUGGAGAUAGAGUCCCCGGCGAAGGUGGAUAGUGAACCGUCCUCCGGAGUUUCGCUGGGAGGUCCCGAGUACCAACCAUCACCCCUGAUUGAAAUGGACUUGGCGGCUAUUGAUUGGGAUGACGACUUGGAUGACUUUUGA